GCAGGGGACGCUGAUCAGGGUUUGUAGCAGAAGCAGCAGGGAAAACACUGGACUAUCAGAAAACACACGAAAUAUCGGCGAGUCCGCGGCUGUUUCCGAGUCGCUGUCCUUCCACGCAGCAUUCACGCAAAGCUACAGUGCAGACCGCAGGAUGAACGGAGACUCCGGCGCUGGGGUGGUGGCGGCCACUCCGCCCACACACCCGCCCCAUAAAGAACGCUACUUCGACCGCGUGGACGAGAGCAGCGCCGAGUACCAGAGAGAGAGGAACAUGGCGCCCGACCUCCGGCAGGACUUUAACAUGAUGGAGCAGAGGAAGAGAGUGUCCAUGAUCCUGCAGAGCCCGGCUUUCUGUGAGGAGCUGGAGACUCUGAUCCACGAUCAGAUGAAGAAGGGGAAGAACCCCACCAGCCUGCUGGCUCUGCAGCAGAUCGCUGACUUCAUGACCACCAGCGUGCCCACCAUGUACCCCGCCGCCCCGCAGGGAGGCAUGGCCGCGCUCAAUAUGAGUCUGGGGAUGGUGACCCCAGUGAAUGAUCUCCGAGGCUCAGACUCCAUCGCUUAUGAGAAAGGAGAGAAGCUGCUGCGCUGUAAACUCGCUGCCUUUUACCGUCUGGCGGACCUGUUUGGUUGGUCUCAGCUUAUCUACAAUCAUUUAACUGUCAGACUAAACUCCGAGCAGGAACGCUUUCUGAUUGUCCCAUUUGGACUUCUGUACAGUGAAGUCUCCGCCUCCAGUCUGGUAAAGAUCAACCUGCAGGGCGAGAUCGUGGACAGAGGCAGCACGAACCUGGGCGUGAACCAGGCGGGAUUCACCCUGCACUCCGCCAUAUACGCAGCCCGACCUGACAUCAAGUGCAUUGUGCACAUCCACACUCCUGCUGGCGCAGCGGUUUCAGCUAUGAAGUGUGGUCUACUGCCCAUUUCUCCCGAGGCCCUGUCUCUGGGCGAGGUGACCUACCAUGACUACCAUGGCAUUCUGGUGGACAGCGAGGAGAGCAUCCUGAUACAGAAGAACCUCGGCCCCAAGAGCAAGGUGCUGAUUCUGAGGAACCAUGGGCUGGUGUCAGUAGGGGAAACUGUAGAAGAGGCUUUUUACUACAUCCACAAUCUGGUUACAGCCUGCGAGAUUCAGGUCCGUACCCUCGCGAGUGCAGGUGGCCCUGAUAACCUGGUCAUGUUGGACCCAGGGAAGUACAAAGUGCGUCCUCGUCACCCGGAGCCUGCUGGUGAAGGGACGAGCCCGCAUCCCAAGUGGCAGGUCGGGGAGCAGGAGUUUGAAGCCCUUAUGCGCAUGCUGGAUAAUUUGGGCUACAGGACUGGCUACCCGUACCGCUGCCCAGCUCUGCGGGAAAAAGCUAAAAAGUACAGCGACGUAGAGAUCCCGCCGUCCGCCACGGGCUACUCGUACGCCGAGGACAGCGACUCGGGCGCUCGCUCUCCGCUGAAGCACAGCUUCCAGCGGGGACAGCGUGACAAGACGCGCUGGUUGAACAGCGGCCGGCCAGAUGAAACCCCCGAUGAGGGGCUGGAGGGCAGCGGCAGCCCCAAGGCGAAGACUAAGUGGACGAAGGAGGAGAGCAUUCGCCAGGCUGCUGUGGCCAAUCAGUUCGUCCCCCUCAACACGAAUCCCAAAGAGGUCCAGGAAAUGCGCAACAAGAUCCGUGAGCAGAACCUGCAGGACAUCAAGACAGCAGGACCUCAGUCUCAGGUGCUCACGGGAGCUGUGGUUGACCGUUCCUUUGUCCAGGGGGAGCUAGUGACCGCCUCUAAAGCCAUUAUCGAGAAGGAGUACCAGCCUCGUGUGAUUGUCACCAAGACUGGACCAAAUCCAUUCAAUAAGUUCACCGACCAGGAGUUGGAGGAGUACCGUAAGGAAGUGGAGCUCAAACAGAAAGGACAAGAAGUACAGGUUGAUGCGUCCAGCAGUAUAUUGGUCACAGGUUCAGGAGGAGUCGCUGCUCCUCCUGCCUCCUCAAAUCACAAUUUGGAAGAGAAUCAGGUCUUUACAGCUCCUCCUUCUGCUGCUGCUGCUGCCGCCGCCCCAGACCGAAGUAAAGAACCUGAGGCAGGAUCAGGAAGGGUCAGUCCUUCUGGUCCUCUGGCGUCACCACACAAGGACUUUCACUGUGCUGUGCUGAAAGCCCUCAAUGUCAACACAGGCUUGCCUGAGCAUGCUCGGCCUGAACAAGACAGCCAAGCUGAAGAUCAACCACAGGACCCAGAGGAGGUGGGGAAAGGUCCGAGCCCCACCCGUACCCCCCCAAGCACUCCAAUUAGAGUAGAAGAAGAACGGCAGGAGGACCAGAGCCCUAAAGACGAAAGUGACGCUGCCACUUUAAGACAGACCCUCCCCGACCUGACCCCUGACGAGCCUUCAGAAGCCUCCGCCCCCACCUCCGCUGCUGCCGCCGCCGCCGCCACCACCCUUCCUGCAGAAGACCCCGCCCCCUCUCAGCCAGACCCUGCUCCAGCUCACAUAGAUGGGGAGGAGCCUGUUGCCGCUGACGACGCCACUGGCGACCAAGGCAGCGACGAGUCCCCGAACAAAUCCCCUUCGAAAAAGAAGAAAAAAUUCCGCACACCGUCGUUUCUAAAGAAAAACAAAAAGAAGUCCGAGACCUAGAGAGGAAACUCCUAGGAUAACUGGCCGCAAACCGUUUGGUUCUUUUUUUUCUUGUUUUUAUUAUUGUUUUUUUAAAUCUUUUAGCUAACCUUGUGUUCAUCUGUAGCUUGUGAAUGUCGGCAUUUUGUUUUCCAUAAUCUUUUUUUUUUUAAACAGUUAAUCCUGUAAAACGUGUUGUGUGACUUUAUUACGCAUGUGUCUCUCAGCCCACGUUUUAACCGAGAUUUAUUUUAACUCCCUGCUUUUGUAUGAAAAUAAAAUAAUAAAUUACCAAGCUUAAUUAACCACUAGAAUGUAUUUGGAUUGUAUCGAAAUGUAUUCAAGUGUCUUUAAAAAAGGAAUGCGCAAAAAAAAAACCCUUGUUAAAUCUGGUUUAAGGAAAAAAAAAAGCAGCACGGUGCUAAGAAAAGUCUCGUUGAUUUGCAUUAAAUUUGGUCAUCAUUGUAAGCAGGUGACUGAAUAACUGGCUAUAACUGAUCGUAAUCUGCUACAGUAUUGAAUCGCUCGUUAAUCAGAGACGCAACGUUCUACGUAACAUUUAUGGAAAAAUAUCCGAGUUUCGGGUGAGUGAGGGAAGGGGAAAGGUUUUCGAAAUGGAAUAAAAACACUGAAAACUAGUCUCCGUAAUACGUCGUAUAAUGAAAAUGUACAUACCGUAACAAAUAUUCACACUAUUCUCGUUAUCGUAGUUUAAUUUCGUAACAUUUGAGAUUGAUCUGGUUUCGAUUUUUAUAUUUAAUGAGAGAAAUAUUCUUACGCUAUUGGUUAACUAAAAUAUCUUGCACCCCGAACCAUUUUUGAGUUAUUCUUUAUGACCUUCUGGUACAUUUCCUCAAAUUAUAGCAAAGACUGUCAUUUCCGUCACACUGCAAAACAAAUACCUUAUACGGUGAAGCUAUAUCCAUUAAGAAAUAUAUAUAAAAAAUUCAGUAACGCAGUUCUUGCAUUAGCUUAGCUAGAUGUAGAUGUGCUUCUCCAGGAGUUACUGUAAUUUCCCACCCCUUUAGUCCACGUGAUUGAUUAAUUUUCGCUUGGUGCUAACAUUUCAUAUAAAACAACAACAACAAAAAAAUCUUGUAGCUCUGCUAGCAUAAACUGAAUGUUCUAUCAAGUGAAAGAUGAUGUUUCAGGAUUAAACGUUCCUACUAAAGACUGCGUGAAGACAUUCGGGUUAAAAUCAGGACUCGAGCAAAGCUUUAGCUUGGAAAGCGAUACAGUAACACGAACAGGAUAAAAACUAAACGAUGCCAAGAACAAAAAUGUACAAUGAAACAAGGUCUGUAUUGAUCUUUUUUUCUUCCCCCUCUAAGCAGAUACAGUUUAGUGAGUGUGACUUUACAGUCUGGAAAAUGUACUAAUAUUCCUGAGAGGGUAAAAAUAUUACAUAUAUUUAAAAAAUGUCUAAUAAUAAUAUGACAGUUUAAUUAUUCAGACUCAUUAAGGCAAGACAUGACGGACGGAUAUGUUAAUUUAAAAAAAAAAGAUAUAAAAUCAGUGAUGAGCUGGCGAAGAUUUUCAAAAAAAUUGCAUUUAUUCAUGCAAUUGAGGCUUCAUUUGAUUAAAUUUACAUCGUUUUUACAUAUGCAACCAAACGUCUGAUCUUUAGAUGAUGCUGGAAAAUUGAAUGUUUCUCAAAUUAUUUUUUAUUCAAAAAAUGAUUUUUGAAGGAAAACAGAUUUAAAGUUUAAAGAUGUGAAUUCACUUAAAUGACUGGACGCGAUUGUGACCAGUGGGCGGAGCUUAAAGUGCAUAUUCUGGACCAAUUUCAUUUUUUUUUUAUAUGAAAGUAUGUCCCUUUACACACUCAUCCAGAAGGGUAAUUGUGCACAAGGUCAUCUGUCUAUAGCAGAAAAUAAUAAAAUGCGUCUGGAAAAAUCCCAAGGGAGUCUGGAGCCAGAUUCGUGACGUCACCUGUGGAAGCGCCAGCAGGCUGCGCGAGCUUUGCACGGUUUCAGUGCACAGCCUGUGUAGACCGAGCGCUCCCGUUUCUCUCUCAUUGUCCGGUCUUUUGGGAAACGAUGAGUACUAAUCCCAUCAUGAUUGGUGUUGCUACACCCUCCUACGAUACAUCUGUUAACCAUUUUAAUAAUUACGCGAUAACGUUGAAGAAAUUUGCAGAAAACCACCAGGUCGUUUUCUCAUAAACAAACCAGCGCUGACGUAGGAUUCAGAAGGAGGCGUCCCGCACGUGACGUCACAAAAAUCAAUGUUUGCCGGGAAAUCCAAAUGCCAAGUUUUUUCAGAGGCGGACCAAUUCGCCUCAAAUGGCUUGAUUUCAACUGAAUUUUUCUGGUAUUGCGCAAGGUAAAAAAAAUUGCACAAAAUGCAGAAUGUUACAGAUAUUCGACCAAAGUUUAAUAUAAAAUAGGAGAAUUACAUUGAUCUCGCUCCUGAAUUUACCCGUGAUAUGCACUUUAAGGCCUUCCUCAAAGCUGCUAGGUUUCCAAUAUGAUGGUUUUCCUGUUAGGUUUUUUUGGUUGUGUGUUGCUCCAGGUGAAGACGACGUGCUCGAGAUGCAGUUUGUAUCUCCCCCCCCCCCCCCCCCCCCAAAAAAAAAAAAAAUAUAUAUAUAUAUAUAUAUAUAUAUAUAUAUAUAUAUAUAUAUAUAUAUAAAAUCCCCCCCAGAAAUUUAUUUCUAUCCCAUAGUGUCUUGCCUUAAUGAGAUAAUUAACCUGUUGGUAAUAGAUAAUGAUUUAUUCUGCCAACUCUCUUCUUCGAAAUAAAGAUCCAGAAGUGUACUUUUUGGAUUUGUCGCUGAGGUGGUACCAUGAAGUGACCCAUGAUGUAUCUUUAUACCUUUUUAAAAAUAAAAUAAUUCACAGGGAAUAAUUGGACCUUAAAGCUUUACUCUUAAAGGUGCACCUUCCUGGGUUAAAGGUAUAAAUGGUUGCACUUGAGUGAUGAAGAAAUGUCCAGUUCAGUACCUUUUUUUAUGUUUCUUGCAUUUUUUUCUUUUCUUUUCCCCCAAAUCCCUUCUCUAAAACAGUUCUGGAUUGCAGUGUAAAUCCUGAUAAAACACUGUGAAUAAGAGAUGGAUGAUGACUGUGUAUAAGUUCAGACUGCAAUCCACUUCACCACGUUACUUAUUUCUGCUCAUCAAUCUCUUUCUCUCUCUCGCGUUGCUCUCACUCUGUCCUGUGCUGUAUAAUAGAUUUGAUAGAAAUCCUUCCAUGUGAUGUGAACUCCUGCUCCUCGAGACUGCUGCACGAAUCUAAAGCCACUAACAUGAACCACCAUCUCCCUCUCUCUCGCUCGCUCUCUCACACUAAACCAGAUGUGUAUAAAUUACAGCAACUGGAAAUGAACUCUGAAAUCCAAUAAACAGCUGCUUUUACGGUUCGUAGGUUUGUUCUGUGCUUUAGGAAAUCGUGACAUCGAUGCUGGAUCUACUCUUCAUUCAUCCUGUGAAGCUCGGUUUGUGUGUGACGAUGUAAAGAAGUUUCCAGAAAGACUGUGUGCUCUAGAACACUGCCUUGUUUUACUCUCUUCACCAUUCUGUCGUUUCAGUUGCUCACAUUAUUGAGCUUUUUGUUUUGGUUCCUGUUUCAUAUUUACUCUCUGAUAUGUAUGUUUUCUCUCCAACAAUAAAUUCUUAUUUACAUUCUCAA